UGUAUCUGGUCAUUUGUGGGGUAGGCAGAUUUCCUUAAAGGCAGGAAGUUAGGGCUUCAGAGCUCAGUUGAGAUUACACACUUACAGCCACUUCAGAAAGAGUCAGUGCCAUGGGUGUUUGGCAGAAGCUGACUUUCCUCUUCCUGCUGCUGCUGCUGCUGCUGCUGGUUGGCCUGGGGCAGCCCCCAUGGCCAGCAGCUAUGGCUCUGACCCUGCGUUGGUUCCUGGGAGACCUCUCAUGUUUUGUGCUGCUAAGCUUGGCAAUGCUCACCAGACCCUGGAUCAGCUCCUGGAUGCCCCACUGGCUGAGCCUGGCAGCUGCAGCUCUCACAUUAUCCCUGUUGCCUCCACAGCCACCUCCAGGACUACGCUGGCUGCACAAAGAUGCAGCCUUCAUGUUCAAGCUCCUCUUCUAUGGCCUGAAUAUCAGGAGACGCUUAAACAGGGAACCUCCAGAGACUUUUGUGGAUGCUGUUGAGCGGCAAGCACAGGCUCAGCCUGACAAAGUGGCCUUGUUGUGUACAGGAUCUGGGGCCUGCUCAAUCACAAAUAAACAGCUGGAUGCCAGGGCCUGUCAGGCAGCAUGGGCACUGAAAGCAAAGCUGAAGGAUGCCGCAAGCCAAGAGACUGCUGCCCUCUUAGUGCUCCCCUCUAAGAACAUUUCUGCUUUGAGUGUGUUUCUGGGAUUGGCCAAGCUGGGCUGCCCUGUGGCCUGGAUCAACCCACACAGCCGAGGGAAACCCUUGCUACACUCUGUGCUAAGUUCUGGGGCUGGUGUGCUGGUUGUGGACACAGACCUCCAGGAGAACCUGGAAGAAGUCCUUCCCAAGCUGCUAGCAGAGAACAUCUGCUGCUUUUACCUUGGCCACACCUCACCUACUCCAGGCGUGGAGGCUCUGGGGGCUGCCCUGGAUGUUGCACCUUCUGACCCCGUGCCUGCCAGCCUUCGAGCUAAGAUUCAUUGGAAAAGCCCGGCCUUGUUCAUCUAUACUUCAGGAACCACUGGGCUUCCAAAGCCAGCCAUCCUAUCACAUGAACGGGUUGUGCAGAUGAGCAGGGUGCUGUCCUUCUGUGGGAUCUCAGCUGAUGAUGUGGUCUAUAAUGUCCUACCUUUGUACCACACGAUGGGACUGGUCCUUGGAGUCCUUGGCUGCUUAGAACUUGGAGCCACCUGUGUCCUGGCCACCAAGUUUUCUGCCUCCCGUUUCUGGGCCGACUGUCGGCAGCACAGGGUGACAGUGAUCCAGUAUGUGGGUGAGGUCCUUCGAUACUUGUGUAAUAUUCCUGAGCAACCAGAAGACAAGAAACAUAUAGUGCGCUUGGCAAUGGGCAAUGGACUUCGGGCAGAUGUGUGGAAAACCUUCCAGCAACGCUUUGGUCCCAUUCGAAUCUGGGAAUUCUAUGGCUCCACAGAGGGCAACGUGGGCUUAAUGAACUAUGUGGAGCGCUGUGGGGCUGUGGGCAAGACCAGCUGCUUCCUUCGAAUGCUGUUUCCCUAUGAACUUGUACAGUUUGACACAGAGACAGCAGAGCCUGUGAGGGACAAACAGGGGUUUUGUAUCCCUGUGGGACCAGGGGAGGCAGGACUUCUUUUGACCCAGAUUCGAAAGCACAGCCCCUUCCUAGGCUACCGUUCCCAGGAAGAGUCUAAGAAGAAACUGGUCACAAAUGUAAGGCGCAAAGGGGACCUCUACUACAAUACCGGGGAUGUGCUUGUCCUGGACCAGGAAGGCUUCUUCUACUUCCAGGACCGCCUUGGAGACACUUUCCGGGGGCAGAGCAUUCCUAUCCUGGGUCGUGGCCUCCCUCCUUGCAGGUGGAAGGGCGAAAACGUAUCUACUCGAGAGGUGGAGGAAGUGCUGUCGAGCCUAGACUUCCUAGAGGAAGUCAAUGUCUAUGGGGUGCCUGUGCCAGGGUGUGAAGGUAAGGUUGGUAUGGCUGCUGUGAAGCUGGCUCCUGGGAAGACUUUUGAUGGGCAGAAGCUAUACCAGCAUGUCUGUUCCUCGCUCCCUGCCUAUGCCACACCUCAUUUCAUCCGUAUCCAGGACUCCCUGGAGAUCACAGGCACCUUCAAGCUGAUAAAGUCACAACUGGUGCGUGAGGGUUUUGAUGUAGGGGUCAUUGCUGACCCCCUAUACAUACUGGACAACAAGAUCCAGACCUUCCGGAGUCUAAUGCCCGACAUGUACCAGGCCAUUUGUGAAGGAACCUGGAAGCUCUGACUGCCUAGCCAACUGAAAAGUUGUCCAAAAGUGUGGAAAUCAACAGUGGCCAGGAUUCCCAGUGUCAACUUCACAAAGCUAUCAGAAUUCCAGACGUCCAUAGAGAAUAAACUUGAAUGUAUAUGCAGAA